AGUUCCGAGUAGCUUUUCCCACGACUCAAUAUCACACCGCAGCGCUACGCCGAGCAAGUUUGGUUCAAAGUUUAAAAUAUGCGCGCUUAAUAUCCUGAAAUACAUUACGCAGGCCUCAAACUCACAGCUCUAGCUAUGGAGGACCUGACAGCAGACAGCAUUACUCUCCGGAUGCUUCAAGAAGCUCGGGACACAGUCACUUCCAGCCCUUUGGGAGUGAUCAGCACCCCCAUGAUCCCCUGGUGCCAGACCACGCUGCCAUCCCACUUGUCCUGUAACAUUCAUCUAAAGCUGGAGAACAUGCAGAGGACUGGGUCAUUUAAAAUCAGGGGUGUUGCAAAUCAGUUUGCUAAGCAAUCCAAAGGUGGUCAUUUUGUCACAAUGUCUGCUGGGAAUUAUGGGAAGUCCUUUGCAUAUGCCUCUAAACACUACAGGACAAAAGGCAAAGUUGUGAUGCCUGAAACAGCCCCCAUGUCCAGAUCUCUUCUAAUACAACGUUUUGGCAUUGAGGUUGAGCGAGUGCCAACACCGUGUCUUAUGGAUGUAGUUAAUCGAUGCGUUCAAGAGGACAACAUGACUUUUUUGCAUUCCUACAAUGACCCAGAUCUCAUAGCAGGACACGCCAGUCUUGGCUUUGAGAUCCUGGAGGUGGUCCCUAAUCCAGAUGUUGUGGUAGUGUGCUGUGGUGGAGGGGGCUUACUUGCUGGAGUGGCAGCUGCCAUUAAACUGUCUGGAUGUGAAGGGACAAGAAUCUAUGGAGUGGAGCCAGAAGGAGCAUGCACCAUGUACAAAAGCUUCAUUGAGAAGAAGCCUGUCAGCAUGGACAGCAAAAGCAUUGCCUCGGGUCUUGCGCCACCGUUUGCAGGUGCUCUGCCAUAUGCCUUGUGUCAAAAGUAUGUGGAGAAGAUAGUGUUGGUGAGUGAUGAAGAAAUCAAGUCUGCUGUGUCCACUCUCUAUAGAGCCGGCCUGGUUGUAGAGCCCUCAGGAUCUGCUGCUUUUGCUGCCAUUGUUAAUGACAGAAUACCUGACAUUACUGGCAAAAACGUUGUGGUCGUCCUGAGUGGAGGGAACAUUGGAAAAGAUGAGCUUACCAACUUCCCUGAUUGAGUUAUAGAGUAAUUUAGAUUAAGCUUUUGUAAUAGCAAUUCAACUACAACGAGUUUUAGACUUAAUUACAGUGGAUUACAAUUAUAUUGAGCUCUGUGAUCAGUUUUUGGCCAAAAUAAAAUUCUCAGGCUAUUUUCAAAUGUAAACUUCUACAAUAAAAUAGUAUAUUGUUUUCAUCAUCUGUA